GCGUCGCGGCCGCUGACAAGGCCCUUUCUUCUUCUUUUAAACACGAAGUUCAUACUACUUGAUUCCCAUUUUUUUUUUCACCCUCCUUUUUUGAACUCCCUUGUGCACAUAUUGGGUGAAACCUUCGGGGAACACCUCCGGCGUCAGUUUUUCUUCUUCUGCCAUUUGCACUCCAUCACGCCACCACCGUCGCGGCAGGAGACGGGUCUCGCGCUUUUCUUGCUCGGCGCGCCCCACGCUCUUCAUCUCCUCUUCCUAAACGAAACGUGAUUGUAUAUAUUUUUUGUUUUUACUUACUGGGUUUGUUUGCGUCGUCCCUUUUCCUUUCUUCUUUUCAGUCUUGAGUUUACCUCCGUGUGAUGCUGCGCAUCUCCUUUCCGUGCCGCAGCCGGCGAGCGUGGCGGCUGACGCCGACUUGGGCGUGGCCGGUCCACCGAAGAGACCCCCUCACACGUUCUGCGAGUUCUUCUGCGAGUUCGUCCGCGCCAUCGGUGCCUCACAGCGACCCUACCACGGCGUGGCACGGCAGCAGUUGCGGCCAGCCUACGACCCUAUCAAACACUUCAUCGGCACCGGCACAGCGACUAUUUACUGUUUCCUGGCUGCUGUGGCCGCAGUGGGUGUCGCAUCGUGUGGCGGCGCUGCGGAGGGCGGCUGCGCGUCGGGUGCCGCUGCCGCAUUCCGUCGCCCACGCCGCCGUGCAAUGCCACCACGCCGCGGAGCGGUUCCUCUCUGUCGUGGAGCGCCCGGCACGGGUGGGGACGGCAGGCGCGGUCAUCGCCCUGCGCAUCGCCGUGCAGCUCGCCGUGAGCGUUCUUCAGCUGGGCCACGAGGUGUACCUGUACGUCUUCGGCCCUCGGCUGCGCCGCCUCCUGCGGUUUGCGGUUGGGGUGCCGUUCUUGUUCGGCACGCUGUUUCUGCUGCAGAUGCGGGAGUGGUACUUUCCAGAGGUGGGGGCGGGGCUGGACUCGUCCUGCGUCGCGUCCCUCCCGCUGUUCCACUCCGUGGAUGAGGCGUUGGCUAACGCGGCCCUCCUCCAGCAGCGCUACCACAAACUGCUUGCGGCGCGGAGGGAGGCAAAGCGGCAGGCGUCCGCUGACACAUCUUCACAGGUCGUGACAACGCCGCCGCAGUCCCUGGCGCCUUCCCUGAUUCAGCCGCUGACACGCGCGGAGGAGAACGAGUUGCUGGGCGCUGUCUUUGUGCUCAUUCGCUCCAUCGAGACGCAAAUCGUCGGCACCGCGGAGGAGCGGGAGCUCAUCACGCCGCGCGCUGGCGUCGUCACGACGGCGUCGCCUGCUGCCCCGUUCUCGCCGCAUCCUCGAGCCGCAUCCUCUGCUCCACCUGCGACCACAGCGACGAUCACCACGACUGUGAUACCGGAGGACACCGUGACGGCAACGCCGCACCUCUCCGAAUCCUCUGCUGUUGCCGCCGCUGCCCCCACCGCCCCCACCACGCCGCCCAUCAUGAUCAGCCCCGCCGAGUACAUUCUUCGUGUCAUCAUGGCCAUCGCCAUUGCGGAGGGCUGGGCCGACAUUACCGAGCACACGCGCGUCCUCUUUCAGGAGCUGGUGCGCAACAAGACUCCCCCGGUGCAGUCGCGCAUUGUGCAGGCGGUGGGAGAGCUGUGCUCGCUGUCCUACGAGCUCGAGUCGGGCAGGGUGGACGCCAUCACGCUGAACCAGCGAAAGCGCAUUGCGGCAGCCAUCGACGCGUUCCGGCCGGAGAAGUCCGUCGAGGAGCGCUGCACCAUCGCGCACGAAACGAGCAUCCUACCCCUGCCCGACUUCGAUCACACGACGCGGUGCCUCGGGGUGAUCCGGAAGAGCCCGGGCCGCAAGCCGCAACUCAUCCUCUGCUUCGUGGGCACCAACUCGAAUCGGAAUUGGCUGACAAACUUCAAUUACUGGCCGGUGCCGCUGCCGGCACGUUACGGCGUCGUCGGGGCCGCACUGCCGCCCGACAGCAGCGAUGCUCGCGUGGUGCACCCGAUGGUGCAUCGCGGCUUCCUCGGACUGGUGCAGACGGUCCCGUAUAGAGAGGUGGCCGCGGACUUCGACCACAUUCUUCUCGUGGGGCACAGCCUGGGCGGCGCCUUGGCGCAGCUGGCGGGUCUCGAGCUCGCGGCGGAGCGGCCCAGCCGCCGCAUCACCGUCAUUACUGUGGCCUCGCCGCGUGUGCUGGCCGUGGACUGGUGCUCGCGUCUGCGCAUGAUCCAUCGGCACUGGUGGCAGCACCGACCUCAUCACGUGGAGGGGCAACAUGAAAACAGCAGCCAGCCGACGUUGCUGCCCGUCGCGCCCGCCGGGCUGCGCCACGGUGAUGCGGUGGAGCGUGACGCCUUGGCGGAGAUGCUGACGACGCCCGCGAACUACCGCCACUUCCGGGGGUAUCUGCAGUCCGAUGUGGUCCCCCACCUCCCACCGGAGUUCCUGCACUUCACACACAACGGACAGCACAUUCCUCUCAACACGGGCUGCACCACCUCUUUGUCGUUCAUGGCGUGGGGCAUGUACUCGAAGCUGUACCACAGCGCUGACUUGUACAGGAGUGUGCUGAAGCAGCCCAUCGUCUCGCAGACGCACUGGUACAUGGGCGAGGAGGAAAACGACGAGCUCGUUGAGGACGAGGCGGACAUGCGAAUGCACGCUUAA